AUGUUUUCCCUGUCAGAGCUGGCCUCUCUGAAUGAACGCCACAGCAGAUCCAAACUGCUGAAGCCCUGGUGGGAGGUCUUCAUGGACUACCUGGUGGUUUUGAUGCUGAUGGUGUCUGUUCUGGCUGGCACCGUUCUCCUGUCCCGGGACAAUGUGGUGUGUCUCCCUCUGGACCCCCCCGCUGCCCCCGCGCGCACUAACCAAAGUUCCGCAACCAAUGGCAACUUGGCACCACUAACUCACAACUCGGGGCCUACAAAGGCCCCCCCAUCCGUGGUCUCACCCAGCGGCAGCCCAAACCCAGGCUCCCCACCCCGGGGUAGACGCACCCAUCUGGCCUAUCAGCAGUACCUUUACAUCAGCCAGGUGUGCUACCAUCAGGCUUUGCCCUGGUACUCCCGUUUCUUCCCCUACCUGGCCCUCGUGCAGUCGCUGGUCCUGCUCGCCUCAGGCUCCUUCUGGUUCUACUUCCCUCUCACUUCUGCCCGCAUUGAACACUUCUUGGCCAUCUUGGGCAAAUGCUGUGAGUCUCCCUGGACAUCUCGUGCCUUGUCCCACGCCUUCCUGCAGGAAAACAUCCAUGUCCUGAAAGAGGAGGAGGUGGAGAAAUGGCCGACCCGGCCUCCUUGUACUCCAGCCUCAUCUUCGCCAGCAGUGCCUCGGACAAGGCAGUCGAGUUUGGACUCGGGCACUGACAGCCCCCCUCUGAAGAGGUUGGAGAAUACAACAACCGUUGCUCCUCCCUCACCGUGUUCCUCCACAUACUCCCAGAGCUCCUCGCUGUGCUCCGUAUCCCUCUCCUCCCCGCUCUGUUCUCCCACCCUCAACCCCGCAGUGAUGCCCGGAAGAUCCAGGCAGGUUAUCAGCCUGGAUAGAAGUGAUGGGGAACAAGCCAGGGCGCUCUUUGAGAGAGUCAGGAGGUUUCGCUCCCACUGUGAGAGCUCAGAUGUCAUCUACAAGGUGUACUUGGCCCAGACUAUGUUUAAAUUGCUUAUGGUGACGCUGAUAAUGAGCUACACCACCCCUCUUCUCGACUCCAUUUCCUUCACACACACCUGUUACUCUGAGGAGCAUGCCCUGCUGGGUUACAGUGUCUUUGAGUGUACGCACACCCUGGCAUCCCUACUGCACAAACUGCUGGUGGCCUACCUGACCCUGGUGGGGUUGUACGGCCUGCUGAACUUUUACACCCUCAGCUGGAUCUUACACAGCUCCCUGCGCCAGUACUCCUUCAACACGCUGAAGGAGUUGUGCUCCCUGAAAGAUGUGCCUGACGUAAGCAACGACCUGGCUUUUCUUUUACACAUGGCGGACCAGUACGACCCUUUGUUGGCCCAACGUUUCUCAGUCUUCCUGUCCCCCGUGAGCGAGACCAGGCUUUUGGAGGAGGAUGUGACCAGGCACUGGGGAGUAGAAAAGCUGCACUCGAUGACCACUGUGGACUCAGAGGGCCGGUCCACGCUGCAGCUGGUAGCCCUGCCUCGUCUGCCCCAGGCCCUCUUCACCCUCAACCAACUUAAAGUUCUCAAACUGGAGCUCAUCACGGAUGCCAAGUUCACUGUGCAGCUAGCCAAUAUGACCUCACUCAGGGAGCUCCACCUUUACCACUGCACUGCAACUGUGGAUUCAGUUGCCCUUGGAGUAUUCCAGAAACGUCUGGAGGCCCUCCACCUCACCUUCACACUAGCAACAGAAAUCCCCAGUUGGGUCUACUCCCUUCGCAGCCUGCAUGAGCUCCACCUCACCGGGAUUCUGGGUUAUGAAGGUGGGAUAGGCCACGGCUGGGCAUUGGGGAACCUCCGUCAGAUGCGUCACCUCCGCACACUUGUGCUUCGGAGCAUGUUACAGCGGGUCCCGGUGGAGCUGUGUGAGGUGGCAGGCAGCCUGGCGAGGUUGGAGAUCUACAAUGAUGGCACCAGGCUGCUUGUAUUGACAGGGCUUAGGCGGAUGGCUGGCUUGACUGAACUUCUGUUACAAAGCUGCCAGCUAGAGCGCUUGCCCUCUGCCCUGUUGGCUCUGUCCCAUCUGCGCACACUGGACCUGCAGCACAAUAACUUAAGAACUCUGGAGGAACUACUUAGUUUUUCUCAUCUCCGACAUCUUUCCUGCCUCAGACUUGCCCAUAACCGUGUGCUGGCUCUGCCAGCCAGUGUUGGUGUGUUGCGAGGCCUAGAGCAUUUAGAUCUGGCCAACAACCAGCUACAAAGCCUUCCCUUGGCCCUGUUCAGUCUUCACCGCCUUCGUAGGCUCCUACUGUCUGGAAAUCUGCUAGAAGAGCUGCCUGCAGAGGUGAAAGCAUUGCAUCUGCUUACAGAGCUUGACCUCAGUCAGAACAGGCUAGAGAGGCUCCCCCCAGAGCUCUUCCGUGGUUGUUUAGAGCUGCGCAUCAUUAAUGUAGCUCACAACUGCUUGAGUUCCUUACCUCCGGGGCUUGGAGCCUUGAAACAGCUAUUCAGACUGGACCUGCGCAGUAACAACCUGGAGAAUCUGCCUGCGGAGUUGGGCUACUGCUCAGGGUUGCGUGGUGGUGGUCUACAGGCAGAGGAAUGGCUGCUUUAUUCUUUGCCUCGCCAGGUGAGGGACUUCCUUACCCAACCAGGCUCCUCGUCUGGUAAAUCCUCAGAGACACACCCGCGACCAGAGUCCGACAGUUUCCCGUAUUUCUCUACUACACAGUGGAGCUUCAGCACUGCACUGGAAUCACAGAUAUAA